GGAGCCGAGCCCGUCGCGAGUCCGGCGGAGCCCUGAGACCCGCGCCCUUGCACCGCGUCAGGUCCCGGGCGGAUCUGGAAGAUGAACGGGCUGGGCGCAUCCCACUGACGGGCAAUGGAGUUUCCCGAAGGCGGCGGCAGCAGUGCCAGCCUGUAUAAUGAAGACAGAAACCUGCUUCGGAUCCGAGAGAAGGAACGGCGUAGCCAGGAGGCUCACCCGGAGAAAGAGACAUUCCCCGAGAAGAUCCCCCUCUUUGGAGAGCCCUACAAGAAGGAGAAAGGCGAUGAGCUGUCCAGCCGCAUCCAGACCAUGCUGGGGGCCUACGAGGAAGUGACGAAACUCCUCCGGCCCCGCGCCCAGCCCUGCCGCGCCCACUCGUCCGAGCUGCAGCCGGCCAAGCCACGGGCUCCAGAGAAGGGCAGCAGCCCCGGGGUCCAGCGCCAUCCGCUCCUGGUGGCCCCCGUGAACCACACCUCGAAGAUGCCACCGCCACGGGCCGACCCUCCGCCCGUCGUGCACGCCAGAGGUUGCGCGGCCCCCGACGGCCAGCAUCGGACACAGGACCGUCUCGGCCCAGAGGGCUCUAGCCCUGGUACCCCCCGAAAGGGCGUCCGCCGGGCCGCCGGGAGCCAGUGCGCCGGGAGGGAGCUGCCCGCCCCGCUAACCUCGCUCUCGCCCGGGCACUGCGGCCAGGGCCGCGGCAUGGGCAUGUCCUCUCCGGGCCUGGCACUGCGGGCCCCGGACAAGGACGGCCCUCAGGACGGCAUCCUGGCGCUCGCUGGCCCGGGGGUUGCCUUCCCGCCCCCGCCGCUGCCCUCCAAGAGCCUGGCCAUGCAGCAGAAGCCCACGGCCUACGUCCGGCCCAUGGACGGGCAGGACCAGGUGCCCAGCGUGUCGCCCACGCUGAAGCCGCUGCCCGAGGACUACCGGCCGCCGGCCUUCGAGAAAACGGACUUAAAAGUGCCUGCCAGGGCCAGGCUGGCCAAGCUGAAGAUGCCCGCACAGUCCGUGGAGCUGACCUACUCCAAUGAAGCGCAUUGCGUCGAAGAAAUCCUGAAGGAAAUGACCCACUCCUGGCCUCCCCCUCUGACAGCAAUACACACGCCGAGUACGGCGGAGCCGUCCAAAUUCCCUUUUCCCACGAAGGAUUCUCAGCACAUCAAGUCUGCAACCCAGAACCAAAAGCGCUAUGACACGUCUUCACAAACCCACCCCAGUUCUCAGCAGGGAACAUCCAUGCUGGAAGAUGACCUUCAGCUUAGUGACAGUGAGGAUAGCAGCAGUGAACACGCCUCUGAGAAGCCUCCCUCCUCAUCUCCACCACCAAGCGCCCCACAGACGGUUCCCACAGCGCCCGCCUCUACCCCGGCCGCGACCCGGGCCAGCAGCGUCGAGUCCGAGAGCACCAGCGACUCGGACAGCUCGUCGGACUCGGAGAGCGAGAGCAGCUCCAGCGACAGCGAGGAGAACGAGCCCCCAGAACCGGCCCCCGAGCCCGAGCCGCCCUCCACCAACAAAUGGCAGCUGGACAACUGGUUGAUCAAAGUCAGCCAGCCUGCAGCGCCCCCAGAGGCCCUGGCGGGGAGCCAGGGCAAGGACAGAGGGGACAGCGCCCCUGCCCGCUCAGAAUCCAAAGAGGCUCCCCCGAAGAGCUCCAGCAGAGCCCCCCGCGCCCCGUCCGAAGGCCCCCACGCCGGCAAGAGGAGCUGCCCGAAGGCCCCUGGCCAGCAGGAGCCGACCAAGAGGCAGACGGUGGGAACCAAACAGCCCAAGAGACCGUGCAAGGGCCCGGGGGCCGCGCGGCCCAGCCUGCAGGUGGAGACCGAGGUGCCGCCCGCCCCCUGCACCCCCGGCCCGCAGCCGUCCAAGGACAAGCCCAAGGUGAAGACGAAAGGCAGGCCGCGGGCCGGGGAGGCCAGGGAGCCCAGGGAGCCGGCCCCCAGGGAGCGGAAGAAGCACAAGGAUGGACCCCCGGCCCCCCUGGACACGCCCGCGGGGCCGGAGCCCGCCAAGGACCUCGUGGGCAGCGGGCACUUGACGCUGGUGGCCCCCCUGCCCGGGGCCCGCAGCAGGACGAGUGGCGGCCGGAGGGACCCCAAGGCGCCCUCCCAGCUCAGGGACCCGUCCCCGCCCAACCAGCUGCUGGUGAGGAUCACGCUCGACCUCCUCUCCCGGGUGCCCCGGCCGCCGGCCAAGGGGGGCCGCCCCAAGCACCCCGACGACAGGCAGCCCUCUGCGGGGAGGAGGCCGGACGGCGAGAAGAAGAGCUCGGACCGGGGCACCAAGCGCAGUAAGGGUGAAGGAGAACGUGACCAUGACAGCAAGAGAGUCAGGCUGGAGAAGGAAGUGAAGCCACAGUCAUCCUCCUCAGUGUCCAGCAAGGAGUCUUCCAAAGCGAAAGCGCCCCGGGCCCCCUCCGAGAGCUCCCGCCAGGACGCGCUCCCCGCUGCGCCCCGGACCUCGCCCUCCCCGCACAAGCCCGCCAAGCACGCCCAGAAGCGCUCCCGGCGGGACGCAGAGCCCGGCGGCCAGGACACAUCCCGGAGUGCCAGCAGUGCCAAGGGCGGCCACAAGGACCCUACCGUCCCCAAGCACAGGAAGGUGGAGGCCAGGGGCCCCGGGAGCGCCGCGGAGCACAAGGGUUCCUCUGCGGACACAACGAGCCCUUUCCCAGUGCCUUCUCUGCCCAACGGGAACCCCAAGCCAGGGAGGCCCCCCGUGAAGCAGGAAAAACAACAAGCUGACGCCCACAUGAAGGAGGCCAGGAGGCUGAAGCAGAAAGCAGAGGCCGCGAAGGACAAGGUCGCCAAGGCCUUCAGGCUCCUGGAGGCCGCGCUGUCCCUCAUCGAGGGCGGGAUGGCCAUGGAGUCCGACGCGCCCGCGUCCAAGGCGGCUCACGCCGUGUACGCCGAGGCCCUAGAGCUCGUGGGUGUCGCCAUGGCGUUAAAGGCCCUCCCCAGCGCCAGCUCCACGCAGGAGAAGGCGUUCGCUAUUCUGUGCCUGCGGUGCCAGUCCCUCUUGAACAUGGCGAUGUUCCGCUGUAAGAAGGACACCGUCCUCAAGUACUCGCGCGCCCUGAACGAACACUUCCAGAGCUCCUCCAAGGCCGCGCGGGCUCCCUCUCCCUGCAUCGCCAGAAACACGGGCGCCCCCUCGCCCCUCUCUCCGAUGCCGUCUCCUGCCAGCGCUGGCGGGGUGGGGACCAGCGGGAUGCCCGUCACCAUCCAGAACAUGACGUCGUCCUAUGUCACCAUCACUUCCCACGUCCUCACUGCCUUCGAGCUCUGGGAACAGGCGGAGGGCCUCACCCGGAAGAAUAAAGAUGUUCUUGCUCAGCUUGGCACGAACGCGUGUGCCUUGGCACUCAACAGCAGCUUGGCCGACCUGGUACAGCACGCCAGGCAGAGCCUCCAGCACCUGAAGCCGUGAGCGGGCGCCUGGAGGCUGCGGUGAUGGAACGCCUUGGGGACUCUUUGCACAUUGGAAGCCUCUGAAACGGUCUCAUGUUGUCUCGCCAGUUUACCCGGCCCCAGAGAAGCCCCGAGGUGGCCGGUGCGCUCGUCCGUGCCAACUCGGAGCUGUGCGCCCGGCACAGAAGACCCAGCGGGGGCAGGGGACGGAGGGCCCACCCCACGGCCACCUCGCUCCCGGAGUCAACGGACAAAAGUGCCGCGGCACCUCGGGGGCCUUGGGAAGGGAAUGGUCUAGAAACAUUUCCGCCACGUGCGAACCAGCAGGACGCGUUGCAGGUGGGAUGAGGCUUCCAAAGCCACGUCAUCCCAUCUCUGUGCGGCCGUGCUGGUCCACUCCUGGGGUCAACAUUUUUAACAGCAGAUUUUGUUGCAGGG